CGGGGCCCGCAGCUGGGCACGUCCGGCCCGGGACAGCAGGGAGAGGCCCGGUGGGUCCCCGGGGUGGCUGUCCCGGGGGCGGGGGAGCUCUUCCCUGCCUGCCUCUCGUCCCUCCAGCCGGCAUCUCGCAUCCGAAGGGAUGAGCCCUUGGGGCGGGAGGUGCGGCUCCCCCCGGGUGCCUCAGGUCUGCUGCGAGGGUCAGCUCCGCUGAGCAUAAAAGCAAGUUCCCGACCAUCUGCAACGUGGUGUUGAGUGUGUUUUGACUGUGGAGCAAAGAACCCCAGCUGGGCAAGCAUCACCUAUGGAGUGUUUCUCUGUAUCGAUUGCUCAGGGACCCACCGGUCCCUUGGCGUUCACUUGAGUUUCAUCCGGUCAACAGAACUGGAUUCCAAUUGGUCCUGGUUCCAGCUUAGAUGCAUGCAGGUCGGAGGAAAUGCAAAUGCUUCUUCUUUUUUCCACCAACAUGGGUGCACAACCAAUGACACCAAUGCCAAGUACAACAGUCGUGCUGCUCAGCUCUAUAAGGAGAAGAUCAAAUCUCUUGCAACACAGGCCACGAGAAAGCAUGGGACUGAUCUGUGGACAGAUGGAUGUGGAGUGCCACCAGCAUCACCUCAGAACAAAGAGGAGGAAGAUUUUUUUGCAUCCCAUGUUUCUACAAAGGCAAAGGAUACAGAUUGGAUGUUACCAGAACCAGUUUCUCUCCAGAAGAAAACUUCAGAAAACAUUCCAGAAUCCUGUGAAGGAUCAGAACAUGGACCAAGUGUUGAUGUCCUUAGCACAUCCCCACAGCCUGCAUUAGAGAACACCACCUUCAUAAAAAAGAAGCCAAAUCAAGCCAAGAAGGGGCUUGGUGCCAAAAAAGGUGGUUUGGGAGCCCAGAAAGUGAGCAGCCAAAGCUUUAAUGAGAUUGAAAAACAAGCACAAGCUGUAGACAAAAUGAAGGAACAAGAAGAUCUUCACAGUAGUAAGAAGACUGAGAAGGAAGAGCCACUUGUAUCAUCUUUAAGGUUGGCCUACAGAGAUCUUGAUAUUAAAGCCAAAGAAGAAACCUUAAACCUCUCUGGUAAGAAGAAAACAGAACUGGAGAGGCUUGGCAUGGGAUUGGGCAGCAAUAGGAGUAGCAUUUCUCACUCAGUCGCCUCAGAGAUGCAAACAAUUGAGCAGGAAACACCUACAAUUGCAAAGCCAAAGAAGAAGUACAUAGAUGAUGUGGAAGACUCUUACUUCUCUUCUAGCUCAAGGUACUCUGAUUCUUCAGAUCUGAGGAGCAGCACUUUCUCUAAAUGGGAUGACAAUUCAGAUGCUUUUUGGAAGAAAGAAAAUAAUAGUAAAGACACUGAUAUAGUGUUAUCCUCAAAAAGCACAGGAUUUUCAGACAGGCCUGCAUCCCGACGUAAGCCUGAAUGUGAACCUUCUGCAAACACAGAUGAGGCACAGAAAAAAUUUGGCAAUGUCAAAGCCAUUUCAUCAGACAUGUACUUUGGAAGGCAAGAUCAGGCUGAUUAUGAAGCAAGGGCUCGGCUAGAAAGGCUUUCUGGAAGCACAUCCAUAAGUUCAGCUGACUUGUUUGAAGACCAGAGGAAACAAUCAACAGGAAGCUACAAUAUUACCAAUGUCUUGUCUUCAGCUCCUGAUAUAACUCAGUUUAAACAAGGAGUGAAAUCUGUGGCUGGAAAACUUUCUGUCCUUGCUAAUGGAGUCAUGACAUCUAUACAGGACCGAUACGGUUCCUAACUGAAGCUAAAGGAUUCCUCUUCAGGCACACAAGUAAUCACUCUGCUGAUUCAAAUGAAGGUUGCCUUAAGACUGAUGAUGUUUUUACCUGUUUCUUAGUGCAGAUUUCUGACUCAGCCUCUUCUUAGUGCUGUUUCAUCUUAACGGAGCAGAAAUCUUGCAGCAACUUGUUACAUUGCAUAUACUUUUUCUUUUUUCUUCCUUUCCAGUCUUUAUUUUUUAACAGCCUUAUUGUUAGAUAAGCUGGAAGCUUUAUUUUAUUACUGGCUCUGUCUGUGAGGCAGGAAGGAGAAAGAAGGCAGUGGUGUUUAGUAGACUGUAGCAAAAUAUAUAUUUAAUUUAAACCUGUGUUGCCAGGAAGUAAAAGCUCUUGAAGUCAUAAAUUGAUGUGCAUUAAUUGGUGGGGAAUUAGCGGUUCCAUACAGUAUCCCAGCUAGAAGGUUCUGUGCUUAGAUGUAAAAUGUGGAGAAGUCAAAAUGUGGUAAUGCUGAAUAGUGGGUUUCACCUUGUGGGAACAGUCUGUUUAUUCCUAGUUUUGAAAGUUACAAAAAAAAAAUUGCAAUAUAGAAUCCUUAAGUGCUUUUAAAUAUUCUGUGUUGUGUAAAAAUUAAAAAAAAACCUUGAAAUAUACUAAGGGCCUAAUAGAGUAGUUAAUUAAAUACUUGUUAAAAAUGUUUAGCACAAUCUUAGAUUUUUGAUAAAUUAUCAAUUAUUGAAUAAGGAAAUGGGGGCUGUGUUUUAGACAGUCUAGAAUUUAUUGCUGAUGACAUCCUGCAUAAAAAUGAUUAUGACAUUAAAGAAGAAACUUUUCAGCCAAGAAUGAAUUCAAAUUAAUUUUGUUCUAUAAUUUUCUUAAUUCAAAUUUGUAAACUGCUGAUAUCUAAUAAAACCAAUUGAUAUAAACUCA